UCUCCCGGCACAUUUCCUCGCAGGAGCAACCAGUGUGGACGCGACCGGAGGAUAGCCCGCGGUGUGAGUCACAGUUGUCAUCAGGUCGCCUCGAGUUUAAGCGACUGGAGAAAAAGCGCAGGGCAGAAACAGCGAGGGCAACUUCGGUCCGACUGAUGCUGGGACGCUGCUGAGAGCUCAGUAAACCUUCAGCGUGCCUCCGGUCUUCUCCUCCGGCUGACCAAUGCUUCUGCAUCAGUUCAUGAACGGAGCCCUGGACGUCAUGCAUCCCUCACCGCUUCAGAAAGACACUACUUUCACCAAAAUCUUUGUGGGCGGGCUGCCGUACCACACGAACGAUGCCUCGCUGAGAAAAUACUUCGAGGCCUUCGGGGACAUCGACGAGGCAGUGGUGAUAACGGACAGGCAGACCGGUAAAUCCAGAGGAUACGGCUUUGUGACAAUGACAGACCGAGGAGCAGCAGAGAGAGCCUGCAAGGAUCCCAACCCCAUAAUCGAUGGCAGGAAGGCCAACGUGAACCUGGCCUACCUGGGUGCUAAACCCCGCAGCAUACAGACAGGCAUAUCCAUCGGAGUGCAGCCCAUUCACCCAGCGCUCAUCCAGAGGCAGUAUGGGAUGGCCCAGCCAUACAUCUACCCACAAGCCUUUGUGCAACCCAGCCUGGUGCUACCCACUCAGGUUUCCAGCUCCGUCAGCACCAGCCCCUACCUGGACUACAGCACCGCAUACAGCCAAUACGCCCAGGCAGCCUUUGAGCAGCAGUACCCAUAUGCCGCCUCCCCGGCGGGCUUCCUUGGCUACAGCUACGCCACCAGCCCCUCAGCCACUGCCGGCCCAGCCGCCGCAGCCACAGCUCCGGCCACCGUCCACCCCUCCCUCCCUUCUGCCGCCGGCCCAGCACAGGCCUUCCUGCACUACGCCCCACAGCAGCACAUCCAGCCGGAUCGUAUGCAGUGAGAGGAGAAGGAAGUAGAUAAGGAGGUGUGCAGGUGGAGGAGAAGAAGGGAGGAGCGGGUGCGGACCUUUCGUAAAGAGGAUGGGAAAACACCCUAUAGGGUGACCCAGCUAUUAUCAGCAGGGGCUUUCAGGAAAAAAGGGUGGGACUAUUGCACUAUACGAUCAGGAUGAGCUGUUUGCUCAUUGGUUAAAGGGUGACAUUGGGGGAGAGAGGUUGGAGGACUGUCUUGGUUCAGGUUGGGAAGCUAAACAGCAUAAAGUAUGUGGUCGCUUCCAAGGGCUUCCAGAAGCUGACACUUCAUUUUUUUAUUAUUAUUAUUAUUAUUAUUCUAAUUUUUAUUAUUGUAUUAAUGUCAAUGUCCAUAUUUGUUUGUAUGCCAUUAUUAUCAAUGUUACCUUGUUGGCUCAAUCAGUGGAAGUCAUGCGUGUCCAUGGUACAUACUGAUGACUGUUGAGAGCAGUCUGGGACAACACCUCCUCCCGACUCCAGAUUAUCUGGGGUGGACAUUAAGGGUGCUGCUGCUUUAGGACACCUGGGGACAGUCAGAGGUGUAAGGGUGCAGGUUGGGGACAGGGAGGUGUCCAGCCAUUCUCCCAGCCUAUCCAGGUAGAGCACUGCUUCAUGAACAAACCUCCAGCGCUCAGCUUCACACAGGAGGACAAUGAGAGAUUUCACCUCAUGGACAAAACAGAAAGUUUCAGUAUAUAAGACAGUGGGAGCGCCAUUGUUUUGAGACUGUGAUGUGAGGAGUACACAUUUUUUAAAAUUCUUUUUAAUUAAAGAGGCCUUAAUAAAAGAAGGAAGUCCUUGUUUUUGUUUUUUUUUUGUUUUAUUUUAUCUCCUGAUUUUUCAAGCGCUCCCCCACCACAGAGCUAAGGGCAGAGGGCCCAUUGUAACUGGCCUUCCAGCUGUCAGUUACAAUAAUCUGGCUUGCUCUGGUCUUUGUGAUUUCAAAUGGAUGUAGAUAAUCACAUGCAGUACGUGGGUGCUGGGGACCGGGGAGCGCUGCGUAUCGAUGUUGAAAGGUAGCCGACACUGAGCUCAAAACACCAGUGUAUUUUAUUUUAUUUUAUUUUUUUUAUUUUUUUUUUCCUCCCCCCUCCUGUUCUCACUGAGAUUGUCACGAACUGUUGCUCUCAAAAGGACAUUCAUGUAUAGCAUUUUAAAAUGUUUUCAGUCAUCAAGUACAUUUACGAUAUUUAUAUGUAGGUAUUUAUAUGAGGUACUAAGUUAAGGUUUUGUUACUAUGACUAGUUGUGGCACUGAUUUCCAUUUAACCUGCAGAGGCAUACCUGCAGAUCCACAGGUGUCGUGUUCAUUUUGUUUUCUGUCCUGUCGCCAUGUCAGUGGAUUUGCCUGUGUGCACGGCAACUACAGUAGAUGCUUGUUUGUAGAUCCUCGACUGGCUGCAUCGGAAAUUGUCUAGAAUUUUUUUCAAUAAAAAUGUCUUUUACAGUCCUCUUCAAAGAAGCCAUACCAAAAAAAAAAAGAAAUAAAGACUUUGUAUUUAAA